AUGCAAGAGUACUUAAGCCAAGUCAAACGCUUGCAGUCGAGUUUCGAUCUUUUCAGCUUGUUGCACGUCUCCAGAAGUGGAAACACUCAUGCAGAUUCACUGGCCACGCUUGCCACCUCCUCGGCAGGGGAUCUGCCUCGAAUUAUUCUCGUCGAGCAUCUGGAUAGAGCGAAUGAAGUAGCCAAAGGCAUGGCCCAUAUCCAUGAGGUUAUAGUGGGCCCUAGCUGGAUGGACCCUAUGGUGAAGUUCCUCAAAGAUGACAUAUUGCCCGAGGAAAAAUUGGAGGCUGAAAAAAUACGAAGAAAAGCUCCUCGGUUCUGGUUGUCCGAGGACCACAAAUUGUACAAGCGUUCCUAUUCCGGGCCAUAUUUACUGUGUGUCCACCCUGAGGCAUCAGAACUACUGCUUGAAGAGCUGCAUGAAGGGAUUUGCGGGAGUCACACGGGAGGAAGGGUCCCUCGCACCCUCAUUUCAGAUAAUGGACUCCAGUUUGACAGCAAGGCCUUCAGAAGAUACUGCUGCAAGCUAGGAAUCACCAACAGGUACUCAACUCCAGCUUAUCCUCAAGGAAAUAGGCAAGCCGAGGCUGUCAAUAAAGUCAUAGUCAACGGGCUUAAGAAGAGACUGGAUGACGCCAAGGGAAGGUGGGUAGAAGAGCUGCCACACAUCUUAUGGACCUAUCGGACUACACCACGGUGGUCAACAGGGGAGACACCUUUCGCCAUGACCUAUGGGGCCAAGGCUGUUAUCCCUCUAGAGGUAAACGUCUCAAUGCUGAGGACGAGCUCCUUCACCCCGGACAAUAAUGACGAACUACUGGGGAAGAACCUAGAUCUGAUCAACGAAUGA